AUGGACACAGGCACAUCUACCUAUGCGACCGCGCGGCCAUUUUUCAGAGCUCAAGGUAACGCAAAGCUCAAAUUACUUGCUUUGUUCUUAGCCGUCUCGACCGUCCUCCUCCUCACACUAUAUUACGGGGGCCUAUCAGAGGACAUCUCACCUAGCACGAAAGACAAGCUUGCGAACGAGAAAGACUACUGGACAUGGGAAACGAGCACUCGAUUCCGGAAACCCAAGCAUGGGAACGACAGCGAUUACACUGGGAGUUCGCAAAAUGCAACCUGUGACGCUUUCCCAUCAGACAUGCUAUCGCGCAUUCAGAUUAUCCUAAAAACCAGCGCAACCGAAGACCCGAAACGAGUCGACACACACAUGGCCUCUGUGACCCGCUGCAUCUCCAACUUAUUAGUUAUAUCAGACAAAGAGACCGAGCUCCAUGGCUAUCGUGUGCACGACAUUCUAGCCGAUCUGCCCCCCUCGGCCUGGGAUCAGACUCCGGAGUUCGAAGCGUACGAAGCACUACAACGCGGUGAGAGCAAUAUCGACGGCGCAGAAGGGUGGAAACUCGAUCGAUUCAAGUUCCUUCCCAUGGUGGAACGUGCUAAGAAAGUGAACCCCGGCGCGGAGUGGUACGUCUUUCUGGAGACGGAUACUUAUUUCGUGUGGGAUAACCUGUUCCGAAUGCUGGAACGGUUCGACCCAUCGUUCCCUCUGUAUAUGGGAUCGCCUGCGCCAGGCCGCGAUAUCGGUGAUGGAAAAGUCACCUGGUUUGCAUACGGUGGCUCGGGCUUUGUGCUAUCCCGAGCUGCGGUUGAUACAUUGGUGGCGCGGGAGGUUGGUGAAUAUGGGCAGUUUAGUGGACAAUCACUCAGCGACCAGUAUAUGCAGGCUGUGAAAGAUGACUGCUGCGGUGACUCUGUACUCGGGUUUGCGCUGUAUGAAAAGGGGAUUGAGUUGUUUGGGAUGUGGCCGAUGUUCAAUGCGCACCCGCUGGACUCGAUUCCCUUUGGUGAUGAUCAUCACUGGUGCCAGCCUGCGAUUAGUAUGCAUAAAUCACAAUUGGGUGAUAUGACCGGCCUGGCGGACUGGGAGGAUAGGCGGGAUAGAACGAAGCCCUUACUUUACGCAGACUUGGUUGACUACUCUCGUCUAGGACAGUUGUCAGAGCGAAAAGGAUGGGAUAAUGGAGCCUGGGGUGGAAUAAUCGAGCAACCUGAUACUCUACCCCAACAUGAAUCAUUAGAAGCCUGUCGUCAGGCAUGCCAUGACAGGGAUUGGUGUAUGUCUUACACUUAUGACACCGCUGGAGCCUGUGUGUUUGUGCGGAGCUUGCGACUUGGAGCAAAGAGCAAGCUGGAAAUUGCCGAGCGAUUCACGGCUGGAUGGGACAACGACAAGAUCCAAAAUUGGCGGGCGAACAACACGUGUGAAAAGCCCAUGUGGAUGAAGCCGAGUUUGACAAGAAUUUUCUAG